GUUAAUAUUGUAAGAUAUUGUGUGUGACUGGACGAUGUGAUAAAGAUCGGAAAGACCCACGAUGCUCUUAGUACUCCGUUAACACAAGUAAAAUGGAUUUCUUUGAUGGGUACAACUACAAAGUCAAUAAAAUUCUGCUAUUGGCGAUCGGUCAAUGGCCUUACCAAUCGUCCAAGACGAGUCACAUUAUACUUAUCGUCAUAGCAACUAUAGUUUGCUCGCAAUUUCUCACUAAGAUAUGUGGCAUGGUUGCCUACAUUCACGAUAUGGACAUCGUGAUCGAGUGUCUCAUUCCGAUAAUGGUUGAUGUAUCAGGUAUGACGAAAAUGUUGAAUUCCAUACUAUGCGUAAAUGAGAUAAGAGCAUUGCUCGAUCGAAUACAAAAUGAUUUCAAUUUGUUGAGAAAUUCCAGUGACGUAAAACUUCUUCAAAAAUAUGCAGAUAAUGGCAAAAAAUCCUCGACCACUUACAUUUGUGUGAUGUAUAUGUUAACAGUAGUAUUUAUGCUGAUGCCUUUUCAACCGUUAAUCCUUCGAAUGGCUAACGCUACAACUCGGCCAAUGUUGCAUCGAGUCGAAUAUUACGUUGAUAUGGAUAAAUAUUAUUUUCCAAUUUUGAUUCACGGAUAUUUCACGGCCGUGAUUUGCGUUACGACCAUCGUCGCGACUGACGCGAUGUUUGUUAUAUUUGUGCAACACGUUUGCGGGCUGUUUAUCGUAACUGGUUCACGGAUAGAACAAGCGAUACAGGAAAUACACUCGAUCGGAGAUGCCAAUCCCCCAGUUACGAAAGAUAAGGCGUAUCAAAAUAUGAUACAAUGUGUUCACAAUCACAGAGCAGCUAUAAGGUUUGCCAAUCUUAUGGAACUUGUGUACUCCAAGCACUUUCUAUUCCAUGCCGGGCUGAAUAUGAUAGCUAUGAGUGUUACGGGCGUUGCGGCUGUGACAAAAUCGGACGAUCUGUCUGAGCUUCUUAGAUUAGUAGCAGUGUCGUGCGCGUUACUCUUUCAUCUAUGCUUUGAAUGUAUUAAUGCUCAGAGAUUAAUGGAUUAUAGCGGGUAUCUUCAUGUCAAUUUAAUAAAUUUAAACUGGUACGAUGCGUCGCCCAGGACGAAAAAACUUGUUCUUUUCAUGAUGAUGAAAACGCAGCCACCUUGCGUAUUAACGGCCGGCGGUAUGUUCGUUUUGUGCAUGGAAACAUUUGCUACGGUAAGAUAAUUUGUUUCAAAUUCGUAAAAAAAGAAGAGAGAAAAAUC